AGCUCCACAAAUCAAACAAUAGAGAAUCAUAGAGUACAACUUACUUCCACAAGUAGGCCACGUACCAAAUUAGAGACUAUUUAGUAUAAAAUUUCGUAUUUAGCUCUUGUUGUGUAUGAAAAUUCUUCGAAUCAACAGUAGUCACAGAACUAUGAGUGUUGUGACCUAGUGGAUUGGGAUAACCCGUAGCAAGAUCUAAAAAUCAGACACUCACUCCUCUGUUUUGUUUUGCUAUAAAAUAAAAAGGUCUUUCAAGCUUCUCACUCUGAAUUCCAAUACUCAAAAGGCCAUCAAAUUCAAUGGCUUAUGAUAAAAACAGAGCCUCCUCUGUUUUGGAUGGUUUCACUCUGAAUCCCCUGCCAUAUCCUAUUCUGCUAAUCUUAGCACUCAUCUUCGCCUUCCUUGCCAUUUCAUGGUACUUUUCCUACGAAGAAGUGGUUGAAAGUGCUGAAAAACAAUUGAGUUGGCUACUUUUUGCCACCCCAGUGGUGCUAAUACUCAUAGUUCGUUGGUUAUCAUCAAUGGAGAAUUCAGAUUGGUUCUCUGCUUCGUUACCGUGGGAGAGGCGCAGGGGAACCAACCAAAGCCCUUCAGAAGGAAGCUCUCCAUGGGGUGUGGCUGCUUUGAUCCUGGUGUUGCUCGUAAUGGUGCAAUUUCAAUCCAACUUUCUUGACAGCUGGUUUGUUUGAUUUGGAUUUUUGGUUUUGUUUUUUAUAGGUUGGUUUUAUUUUUCUAUGCCUUUUCAUUUUUGGUUUUUACUUGCUAUGAAUCUGUGAUAAAAAUCCUUUCAAUAUUGUAAUAUGUUAAUAUGUAGAUACAUAUAUGAUGGUGAUUGUAUGAAUAUAUGAAUCGUGUUCAAGGUGAUUCUCAUAUGUUUAUGUGUCACUUCUAAAUGAUGGCAAAAAUGAAACUGAGAUUUUUGGUUUUUCAGAA